GUCCACACGUCGGCUUCCGUACACGAUAGUGACGUCACAUACAAAAACCCAAGAUGGUGUUGGAGAAGAAGAUCGCCGUUCGGGGGGACACGGCCCAGCGGCGGGUUCUGGACGAGGCCACCCGACUGCGGCGGCUGAGUCGCCAGCUGGAGGCGCUGGAGAAGGAUAACUUCCAGGACGACCCCUUGUCCUCCCUGCCUCCACCUGGACCUACCGCCCGCCUCCCAGCCUUCAGCGAGACGGAAGAACCAGAGAAGAAGAAGAGAAAGACGAGAGGCGACCACUUUAAGCAGCGUUUCAGGAAGAACUUCACCACUCUGCUGGAGGAAGAGAACCUGUCUGAGCGAGCGGAGCCAAACUACCUGACGGCCGUGGCUCCGCCCUCUUCGCUGCCGCCCCGUCACUUCUGCUGCGUCUGCGGCUUUCCCUCACACUACACGUGCACCACCUGUGGAGGGCGCUACUGCAGCAGCAAGUGUCUGUGCACACACAGAGAGACCAGGUGUCUGAAGUGGACACUGUGACAGAUGGUUCCUGAUGAGCUGAGAUGACAGAGUGCCACCUGCUGGUGCAAGUUCACCGGACGAUGAUCUGUUGACCAUAGACAUGGUCUCAAAGUCUGGUGUCUGGAUGUCCUCAUUAUGGCGCCAGCAGUCCCUGCCCUGGACUCUGAGGACUUGGUGUAACAUGAUGUUUAUUUUAAUAAAAACAUUUUUUAUAAAUAUGUACAACUAAAA